AUGAAAGAUUUGUUAAAACUGUAGAAACGAGAAUCCUUUCAAUAAUUCAUAGGUUUAUCAAUUAGAAGUCUGACAAAGCUACAUUUUCACUGACACUAGCAUAAAUGCAGACUCAUUGUUCAAAUAUUUGUUAGCUCAUAUUCGUUUCCAUGAUUGAUUAAAUAAUACCUGAUUGACAAGAACAUAAUAGGUACCCCAAUUGUGUACUUACCUUCAAGUUAAACCUCUUAAUAUUCAGUUUCAACCAUUGGGUGUUCACCCAACGAAAAGUUUGCAAUUUUCAGUAUUUUAUGAUGAACCUUCCACAUACUAUCUUUAUACUAAUUCUAUUUGAGUCUACUUAUGCCAGAAAUGCUCUGAAGUACAUACUAAAACAUAAACCGGUGAUGAACCACACAAUCAAUUUUUUUCCUCAAUCCAAUUGGAUCGAAUAUACUUACUACAUCUCUAAAACCCAAGCUCUCACCAAAAGGAAAUCUGAUAAUGCAACGAAAAAAUUAAAAAUUGGGGUCAACAAUAAAAAUAAUUUUGAUUGUAGCUCAAUGAUGAGUGACAACAAUAAGUCCAUAUUUGGGGGAUUUAGUAUAGAUGUUCUACAAAGUUUAACUGAUGUUCUCAAUAUCAGCAUUGAGUUAUAUGAACUGAACGGUAAUUCGAGUAUGGACACUUCUGAAUUCGACGUUACUUUAUGCGAUAAAAGUAAAGAACAGUUUGAAUAUUUUCAGGUUGAUAUUGGCAGAUAUUCAAUGUUGUACAAAGCCAAGAAACUUCAUUUCAUCAGGGACAUUUUCAUAUUGACCUUUUCCGGGACCUUAUGGUUGGUGUUUUUCGUCUUGUUGGUACUUCUUGCGCUCUGUUUGAGAAUAGCCACCUUGCAGUACUCGAAAAUAGAUAGGAACAAAGAACCCUGGUCUUGGGUGGAAAUCACACUGUGGGCAAUAGCAGCUGCUUGUCAACAGGGUUCUGGAUAUGCGCCAGUCGGAUUUGCCAGUAAAGUGAUAUUCCUCAUCGGUUACAUCAUGGCAUAUCUUCUAUAUACUGGCUUUACUGCAGCAAUAACUUCAGUUCUUUUACAAAGCGAAACAACUCCAGACUUGAGAAGUGUAUCUCGUUACACUACUCUUGUAUGUUUAGCAGAUUACGAAUGUAUAUCAAACAUACCUUUCGGAGAGUUUAAGCAAACGUACUUUGUACCAAGUAUGGAUGCUCUUCUGGAUUACCUAAACUGGGAUGACACGAUACUUAUGGCUCCAGAGGUGUACUUCCAAUAUUCCAGACCAAAGAUCAGUCUUGACGAUCAGUUGGAAGCCACCUCCAUUUCACUAAGCAACUAUACCUUCAAGUUGGGAUUUGGGAUCAAUCGCCAAAGUUCGCUAAGGGUUGCGAUGAAAGAAGGUCUAUUCAAGUUACAAGAGUGUGGCAUCCUUCAGAAUAUAUUCCUGCGUAACCUGCUUCAGUUACCGAUGACCAAGAAGAAAACUGAAUAUGGAUAUUCCAGUGCUGCACUAGAACAUGUUAAAUCAGCUGUUUAUAUUUUGUUUUAUGGAAUUUGUGCCGCAGUUCUAUUUCUGAUAGCAGAAUCAUGUUAUUCGCUCUAUAAAAGCAAAAAGAAAUUUAUCAGUCAGAUAUUGUAGGUAAUUGAAAUAAUUAAAGUUGUCUGUACUUUUUGUUCUAACAUUUCUUCCAAUAUGAGGUUUCAUUUUGAUCUAGAACGCUCAUUUUCAAUGAAAAAUACGAGGGGAGGUUUUCAAUGUGUUUGAGCGGAUAUUGUUCCAUUUUUAGUGAUGGCGUAGUUUUUACUUGUCAAAUUUCAC